AUGAAUUACCAGAGGCUGCUGAAAGCCCGGUUUUGGAUCCUCAACCAAGAAGCCUUGGAUCAAGAAAGCUCCGUUGAUGUAUACAACGAUGUGAUUAUUUAUGUGCGUAAAUUUUUGAAACCUGUUGGAGUGGAUAUCUUCAAAAAGGAUUACCGUUGGAACUGGCUUACCUUGAUUGCUAUGAUAAACAUUGCUACAUUUUUCUCAUGUAUGUUUUACACUGUUCACCUCAACUGGGGUCAGUGGAUUCUGGUGCUGGAGUCAUGUUCGAUAGCAGGUGUCGGAUUUCAAGCAAUCGCCAAACUGCAUGUCGGUCUUAACUUCGUUCCAUUCUUCAGUGAGCUAAAUCUUAGGCUGAUGACGAUGCAUGAACGACAUUCCAAGCACAAGGAAAACAACCGAGUUUUGGUCUUUUGUUGUGUGCUGAUUCACUAUACUUUUAAAAUAUUUACCGGUAUUUAUUUUUUCGCUGGACUUGGAUAUCUCAUAUUUCCGAUCUACAUGUACGUACAAAACUACGAACUAGUGAUGGCAAUAAGGAUGGAAAUUCCUGGCGUAGACCCUACCAACGUGUUUGGGUUUAUGGUCACCAUUGCAUAUCAGAUUCUGCUUCUCUACUGUGGAAUUGCAGGAAUUCUGGCUGCAGAUUUGGCAAUAAUGUUGUUCGUCCUGCACAUCAUUGGUAUAGCGGAUUUGUUUCGAAAUUCCUUGAAUGAGCUUGAUCGUAUGCUGCAGAAUGAGCAGCGCGACGAAGAUGUGGUUCACAGGCAGAUUUUAGACAUUUGUGUUAUGCAUCAGGAGUUGAUAGCAUAUGAAAAUGGUUUGGAUUCCACAUAUGCCACUGUGGUCUUUGUGCAGGUCAUUACAUCGGUUAUAUGUUUGGCAUUGACAUUGUUUAUAUAUUACGCGACGCGUAAUAUCGGCAACAUUUUGUUUAUGAUUGGUGCUAUGUUUCAACUGAUUGAAUUCUGUCUUCUCGGGACAGUUCUCACCGUCAAAAACGAUCAUAUAACUCUGGCGCUCUACGACAUCAGUUGGUAUAAGCUGUCCAAAGAGGACCAGAAAAUGUUGAGCUUCGUUCUUUCCCGGUCGCAAAAUGUCGUUGAGUUGACGAUUGGCGGGUUGGCUUUGCUGAACAUGGAAACGUUCGUGGAGAUCAUCAAAACCAUAUACACCUACUUUGCGAUGAUGGUUCAGUUGCUGGAAUGAUGAUCCACCAGCCUCAAAAUUAGUAACAUUUCAGAUCAAUUGUGCUACGAUAUUCUUCUAGG